UUCUGAUUAGUAUUUGUGCGCCGCUGACUUUGUAACGUUCGGAAAAACUUUUUGGAAAAUCACCAAGCUUAAGCUCAAAAGCAUUUGUGGUGUAUUAUUGUGCAAGUGCUAGAUUUUGCAAGAACUGAUAUAAUUAUUGUUGUUGGAGUUAAAAAAAAAACAACAAAUAACUGAGUAGAGUUGUUAAAGUGUAUUGUGAAAGUGAACGAACAUACCAAAUAAGGAAUAAAUACAGGUCGCUGAAGUUUAAAAGGAAAAAUUGCAAUAACGAGAAAAGCGAAUUUAAGUCUUCGACUGCAAGUGAAUUAAGAAGCUGAAAACCUUAAACUAUGGGCUCAAUACCGAAAUUGUCAAUUGUGAAGGGCCAACAGCAGGACAUUACAGCACGUCCAUUGCAUCGCAUUUUCGAAGCCAAUCUACUGCAUCACUCGCACAAAAGCGCACUCAUAACACACAACAAUGGCAGCGCCAUUGCCUCCGAGUCCACACAAUGCACCUACAAGCAGCUAAAUCAGCGCGCCAAUCAAUGCGCACGUCUUCUCGUGGCCGAUAUAAAACGCAAUUGUUUGGAACCCAAUAACGAUGGUGACUACAUUGUGGCCGUAUGCAUGGAGCCAUCCGAUGUGCUGGUCAAUACACUGCUCUCCAUUUGGAAAGCUGGCGCUGCUUAUCUACCAAUCGAUCCCACUUUCCCCAUUAAUCGCAUACAACAUAUUCUGCAGGAAGCACGUCCCGUUAUGGUGUUGUGUGACGACAAUAUUGAGCGACAACGUUUCAACGGCACACCGACACUCAGUAGCUCUGAGCUUUUCCAACGUUCAGCCGAAUUGAGUAACGCCAAUUUAAUGCCAGCUGAGAUGUUGGCCGAUGGCAGCAAUCAUUUGGCCAUCGUUCUCUACACAUCUGGCAGCACUGGUGUACCGAAAGGUGUGCGGCUCCCGCACGAGGUGAUCUUGAAUCGUUUGCAAUGGCAAUGGCAUACAUUCCCCUAUGCGCCGACCGAGUCCGUGAGCGUUUUCAAAACCGCGCUCACCUUUGUGGACUCGGUAUCGGAAUUGUGGGGGCCGCUAAUGUGUGGUCUCUCCAUUUUGGUUGUACCAAAGUCGAUAACUAAAGAUCCCGAACGUUUGGUGGAUUUAUUGGAGAAAUAUAAGAUACGCCGUUUAGUUUUGGUGCCGACACUUUUACGUUCGAUUUUGAUGUUUUUGAAGUUGAACGAUGGCAACAACAAAUACCAAAUGUUCCAAAGUGACAGACUCUUGUAUAAUUUGAAGAUUUGGGUUUGCUCUGGUGAACCAUUACCGGUGGCAUUAGCUUCGAGUUUCUUCGACUAUUUUUCCGAGGGUGUACAUACGCUCUACAAUUUUUAUGGUUCUACUGAAGUAAUGGGUGACGUCACAUAUUUCGCUUGUGAAAGCAAGAAACAAUUGAGCCUCUUCGAUCAUGUGCCGAUUGGCAUUCCACUUUCCAACACCGUGAUCUAUUUACUCGACGGCGAUUUCCGUCCAGUUAAACAAGGUGAAAUUGGUGAGAUUUUCGUUUCCGGUCUCAAUCUAGCCGAAGGUUAUGUCAACGGUAGAGAUCCAGAGAAGUUCGUAGAAAACCCUUUGGCUGUGGAAUUUAAAUACUCACGUCUCUAUCGCACUGGUGAUUAUGGCUCCCUACGCGACGGCAAUGUGAUGUACGAAGGACGCACCGAUUCACAAAUAAAAAUUCGUGGUCAUCGCGUGGAUCUAGCCGAAGUUGAGAAGAACGUUACCGAAUUACCGUUCGUCGAUAAGGCGAUGGUCUUGUGUUAUCAUGCUGGAAAAAUUGAUCAAGCCAUACUGGCUUUCGUAAAAAUACGUGACGACUCACCGCUACUCAACGAAAUGCAAAUUGAAGCGAAAUUGCGGGACAAACUCGCCGACUAUAUGGCACCACAAGUGGUGCUCAUCGAUAAGAUGCCCUAUCUCGUCAACGGCAAAGUAGACCGACAGGCACUACUGAAAUCUUAUGAGACCGCAAAUAAUAACGAGGGUGACUGCAGCAUUGUGCUGGACUACGAUUAUACACUCGUACCCGAAGAGCUUAAACACAUCGCCAGGGAUCUCUUCGAAACCGUCGGUGGCGUAAUCGGGCGCUCAACACGCACUACGCUUUCGCCACGCAGCAACUUUUAUGAGUUAGGUGGCAAUUCAUUGAAUUCGAUCUAUACAGUUACUUUGCUGCGCGAGAAGGGUUACAAUGUGGGCAUAUCUGAAUUUAUUGCGGCCAAAGAUUUGGGUGAAAUACUGGAGAAAAUGGUAAAUAAUCGCAAUUCGAAUGCAAUGAUCGAGGACUGGUCGAAUGCUGCACCACAUCUAGACAUGAUCGCCGAACCGUUGAGCGAUGCACACCGACAAGAUGUCGUUGAUAUCAUAGUGGACAGCUUCUAUGGCAAGGCGGAUCUGGAGCAAUGGCUGAAACCCGAUAUUUUCCCUAGUGACUACAGCGAUCUAAUUAAUGAUAUAUGGCACGCUUUGGUCGAGAAGAAUCUUAGUUUGGUGGUGCGUGAUAAACGCACGAAUCGCAUCAUUGGUACGGCCUUAAAUUUUGACGCACGCGCCGAACCAGAAGUUGAGGUUAAGUCGAAAUUGAUAAUUGUUUUCGAGUUCUUGGAGUUCGUUGAAGGUCCCAUACGGGACAAUCAACUGCCGAAGGGACUAAAUCAGAUACUACACUCAUUCAUGAUGGGCACCAGCUCCGAUAUGAAUCCGCAAGAGAAUAUCGCCUGCAUGCAUUUCAUGGAAAACGAAGUGCUACGCGUUGCCAGAGAGAAGCAAUACGCCGGAAUUCUAACAACCAACACGAGUCCGCUAACGCAGCAAUUGGGCAACGAUGUCUAUCAAUACAAAACAUUGCUGGACUACCAGGUCAACCAGUAUGUAUACAACGACGGCACACAACCCUUUGGUAAAGCGCCCGAUUCACAACGUGCUAUUGUCCAUUGGCGCGAAGUGACCGACUGAGGUGUUGACCAACAACCGUUUUAAAACAUUUUGUUAGUGAUUUCGUAAAUUCUUCAUAAUUUCCUGAUUUGCAUCAUCAGUAUUUACGCUGCGACCUUCUACCACACGAGUACGUACGACGUUCGUUAAAAGUGAUCUUUUGUUUUAUUAACUCGGCAAUACACGCCGGAAGUCGCCUUUUAUUCUCAUCUCUUUCGUUGAUAUUGAAUCCGAGUCUAGCAUUAAGAAAGUGCAUAUUAGCGCGCGUUUUCAUAAUUUUUAUAUAGUAUUAUUCUAUGUGUUAUAUAUUUUAUUUUAUACAUACAUACAUACCAUUGUUAUAGUUGGCAACUCUCAAGCAAUAGAGUUUUCAUUUUGCAUGUACCUGUUGAAUAAUAAAAAAAAUCAUCGCGAGAUACAUAUUUAUAUAUUUAAGUUUAAUGACAUUAAUUUAAAACAAAAGUUUAAUAAAGAAAAUCGUAAGAACA